CUAGUGUCCACCCUUCCAUCACUCUCAGUCAUCAUUUAACUUUUUCUCUCUCCGCAAAAUUUCCCUCUCUUUUCAAAAGCUCUUCCGCGCCAGAGAGAGAAAGUGAGACUGAGACUAAGAAAUCCCCCAAAAACCCUAGAAAUUUUCCGGCAGAAAAAAUGCCUCGAGAAAUCAUAACGCUUCAAGUUGGACAAUGCGGGAAUCAAAUCGGCAUGGAGUUCUGGAAACAGCUUUGUCUAGAACACGGCAUCAGCAAAGAUGGCAUUCUCGAAGAUUUCGCUACUCAGGGAGGUGACAGGAAAGACGUCUUUUUCUACCAAGCUGAUGACCAGCACUACAUACCACGAGCAUUACUCAUUGACUUGGAGCCUAGAGUAAUUAAUGGUAUACAAAACAGUGAAUACCGGAAUCUCUACAAUCAUGAAAACAUUUUUGUAUCAGAUCAUGGAGGAGGUGCUGGAAACAAUUGGGCCAGUGGAUAUCAUCAGGGAAAGAACGUUGAAGAGGACAUCAUGGACAUGAUUGAUAGAGAAGCUGAUGGAAGUGAUAGUCUUGAAGGCUUUGUUCUUUGCCAUUCAAUUGCUGGAGGAACUGGGUCAGGUAUGGGUUCAUAUCUCCUCGAAACCCUGAAUGAUCGCUACAGCAAAAAACUAGUACAGACGUAUAGUGUGUUUCCUAAUCAGAUGGAAACAAGUGAUGUUGUGGUGCAACCUUAUAACUCUUUGUUGACGCUUAAGCGUUUGACCCUCAAUGCGGACUGUGUUGUUGUUCUGGAUAAUACUGCUUUAAACAGAAUUGCAGUGGAACGGCUUCAUCUAUCAAAUCCUACUUUUGCUCAAACCAAUUCACUGGUCUCUACUGUAAUGUCAGCCAGCACAACCACAUUGCGGUAUCCAGGAUAUAUGAACAAUGAUUUGGUUGGUCUUCUUGCUUCUUUGAUUCCUACACCCAGAUGUCAUUUUCUUAUGACUGGAUAUACUCCGCUUACGGUUGAGCGCCAGGCAAAUUUAAUUCGAAAAACUACUGUCCUCGAUGUCAUGAGAAGACUUCUUCAGACCAAGAAUAUUAUGGUUUCUUCUUAUGCUCGAACUAAAGAAGCUAGUCAAGCAAAGUACAUAUCAAUCUUAAACAUCAUCCAAGGGGAGGUGGACCCUACCCAGGUUCAUGAGAGUUUGCAGCGUAUUCGUGAAAGAAAACUGGUCAAUUUCAUUGAGUGGGGUCCUGCUAGCAUUCAGGUUGCUCUGUCUAGGAAAUCACCAUACGUCCAGACUGCACACAGGGUUAGUGGUCUCAUGUUGGCCAGUCACACUAGCAUCCGUCAUCUCUUUAGCAAGUGCUUAAGUCAAUACGAGAAGUUGAGGAAGAAGCAAGCUUUUCUGGACAACUACCGGAAGUUCCCAAUGUUUGCUGACAAUGAUUUAUCUGAAUUUGAUGAAUCAAGAGACAUAAUUGAGAGUUUGGUGGACGAGUACAAGGCCUGUGAGUCCCCAGAUUACAUCAAAUGGGGAAUGGAGGAUCCGGACCACCUUAUGACAGGGGAAGGCAGCGCUGCAGGACUAGCAGAUCCAAACUUGGCUGGAUAAAACUGACAGAAUCUAUACUUUCAGCGGCUCCGUCAGUUAUCUCAUGUUAAGUAGCUUUCAUUUGAGUUUGAUGUGCAUCAUCUACACGCUCAAUUUAGCCAUUAUAUAUGUAUAGAAAUGUGGAAGUAUACUUGACGGUUGUGGCCUCUCAAGGUUUUAUCUUUAUUUAUUGUGUUAGCUUGUCCAGGCGCUUGUGAUAGACAAGCCACAUACAUUCGGACAUUAUCAAGUGUCAAACCUCCGUUUGUAAAUAUGAAUAUCCGACAUUUAGUGGUGGACGAA